AUGACGAGGUUCUAUCCAGAAGAUAAUUGUGACUCGUUUAAAGGGCCUCCUCCAUUAUGUACUCAUUGGGUUUCAUCAAGUCCACCGCUUACAAUUAACAUUACAAACAUUUCGAAAGAGCUUAAAUCAUUGACAAUUCACAAAGAGACUAAUAUUAAUACUGAUAAACCAAUUGAAGAGAAUCCAUUCAAUAUUAUUGAUAAUAACAUUACUACUAAUCAAAUAACUUUACAAGAAAGUGAAAAUAUACAACCUAUCCGAAAACCAAAUUUGUUUGCUGAAGAAAUUACAGAACUUGAACAAGAUAUCAUCGAAAAACGUGUAGCAUUGCAACAACAACAGUUUGCAGAAUUUGAAAAACGUGAAUUUCACCGUAAAGCAAAAUUUAUCCACUUCAAACUUUGGUUUGUUACAGAUGAAGAAAUUAAAGAAGCGUUAAAGGAUUGUAAAGGUGAUGAGGCUUUAGCACUUAAUAAAAUGUACAAUAAUGAAUAUUUCAAAGAGCUUCGUAAAAGAAUUGCUCAUAAACAUAAUAAAGAUGCUAUUGACCAUGACCAUAGAGGUUUUCGUGAAUUAUUGAAACUACAGGGCCCUCAAAAAACAUCAAUAACAGAAUUACAAGCUGGUUCUCAAAAAUCUAUUCAAAAGGAUGAUGAUGAUGAUAAAGAAACAACCCCAAAAAGGCCUCAAAGAACGGCCUCAAAAAGAACUAGAAAUUCUAAUAGCAAUUUUAAUAAUAACAGAAUGAAAGGUCGUCUUGCAUUGGAUGAUGCGUUAAAGCAAAUAGAAGAUUAUGAUGUGAAUCGUGAUAAGGCGUUUGAAGGAUGGUCAUUGGCUCGUAAAAAAGCAUAUCUUGCUAUUAAAACAAAUCCCAACACAUAUUAUUAUCGAUUCAAUGCACCUGGUGAAGAACAGAGGCUAGGAGCAUGGACUGAGGAAGAGGAGCAAAAGUUUUUUAACAGAUUGGAAGAAGUUGGUUCUGAAGGUCAAUGGGGAAUAUUUUCAAUGAAAAUCCCUGGUCGUGUUGAUCCAAAUUAUGUAAUUGAUAACAAUGGUAAAGCACAUUAUUUGUUUAGUACUAUGAAUAAACAAACAGGUGAGACACAAAAAACAAUCAGAACUCACUCCAAACAUGGAAGUGGCGGUAAUGAAUGUAAAACUGUUAGAGGAGGUCAUUCUGGUGCUCAGGAUAGCCCAAACAGUAAACAUGAAAAAACAUUUGCUACAUUCAGACCCAGAUCAUCACAUAGAAAACGUAGCAGAAAAAAUACAUUUAACAGCGAUGAAGAGGAGGAGGAAGAUUACGAUAACGAUGAUUCUGGUAGUUAUGUUUUGAAGUCAUGGAAUAGUAAAAAAAGAGCAAGAUCAUAUCAGGAAAGUGUAAGAAUUGAUUUUGAAGUUGUCGAACAAGAUGAUGAAAACCCAUUGCCGGGUUUUAUUGAUCCUAUUACAUUAGAAGAAGUUAAUCGUCCAGCAAUUUCUCCUUAUGGACAUGUGAUGGGUCCAAAUAAAAACAUUUGUCCUUUGACAAAAAAACCUUUAAAAAGACGUGAACUUGUUAUAUUGACCAAUGAUAACAUUAAUCAAUACAGGUUGGUAUCUAACUAUCUGUAG